UAGCUCCCGGCGGCAGCGGCAGCCACGGCAGGCGCGGGGGCAGGCGCGCAUUGUGCGAAGAGGCGGCAGAUGCGAGCAGGGCCGGCCCCGCGCGCGUUGGCCUCCUCGCGCCGCGGCUCGCCUGGCCGCCUCGCUGGCCCCAGUGCCUCCACCUCUGCGGGCUGGGGGCCAAGCAGCGCUGGCAUGGCCUGAGUGCUGGAGGCGCCUCGGCUCAGCGGUGGGAUUACAACAUGGGGAACCAGGAUGGCAAGCUGAAGAGGAGCGCAGGUGAUGCCUUGCACGAAGGCGGAAGCAGCGCAGAGGAUGCUGUUGGGCCCAGAGACCUGGAAGCCACAAAGAAGGGGAGCGGGGGCAAGAAGGCGCUGGGCAAGCACGGCAAGGGGGGAGGGGGCGGCGGCGGCGGGGAGUCAGGCAAGAAGAAGGGCAAGUCGGAAUCCAGAGCCUCCGUGUUUUCCAACCUGCGGAUCAGAAAGAACCUAUCCAAGGGGAAAGGCACUGGAGGCUCCCGCGAGGAUGUGCUGGACUCCCAGGCCCUGCAGACUGGGGAGCUGGACAGCGCUCAUUCCCUGGUCACCAAGACCCCAGACCUCAGCCUCUCCGCGGACGAGACGGGCCUGUCGGACACCGAGUGUGCUGAUCCUUUCGAGGUAACCCGCCCAAGUGGCCAUGGACCCACUGAUGCUGGGGUUGGGGGCAGGGUGGUCUUGGAGGAUUUGGAAACAGCCGUGGGGGUGCAGGAUGGACAAAGGACCAGUUCAGGCUCGGACACAGACAUCUAUAGCUUUCAUUCGGCCACGGAGCAAGAGGAUUUGCUCUCAGACAUCCAGCAGGCGAUCCGCCAGCAGCAGCAGCAGCAGCAGCAGCAGCAGCAGCAGCAGCAGCAGCAGCAGCUGCUGCUCCAGGGCCCCGAGGAGCCUGCAGCACCUCCCACAACCGCCUCCCCCCAGCCCGGGGCCUUCUUGGGCCUGGACCAGUACCUGCUGGGGUCCAGCCGCGCAGCCGGGGAGGCCCCUUGCAGUCCUGACACGGAGCAGGCUCCGUCUGCGCUCUCUGACCUGCCUGGUAGCCUAGUCACGGAGCCCCAGGUGCCCGAGCAGCCGCCGCCCCCCGGCAGUCCCGGAGCCGUGGCGGUGCCUGGCCUGCCGGUGGGCCAGCCCGGAGCCGCAGACUCGCCCUCCUCCACCGCCUUCCAGUUCCCGGAGUCCUCAGCAGGGGAGCAAUCGGCCGGAGCCCCGGGCCCAGGGGCUGGGGACACCGACGAGGAAGGCGAGGAGGAUGCGUUUGAGGAUGCCCCUCGAGGCUCGCCAGGGGAGGCCUGGGGCCUGGCGGUGGGAGAGGAUCCCCCGAGGCUGGGGGCAGAGCCCGAGGGGGAGCGCAGCGGGCCUAGCGCCCUGGCGGCUGCCUCCCUCCCCAGCAGCCCCGCGCCCAGCGCCCGCUGCUUCAAGCCCUACCCGCUCAUCACUCCCUGCUACAUCAAGACCACCACCCGGCAGCUCAGCUCGCCCAACCACUCCCCCUCGCAGUCCCCCAGUCAGAGCCCCAGGAUCAAGAGGCGGCUGGAGUCCUCCCUGAGCCGCGGGCCCAGAGCUGCCCUGGUGUCGGCCGCCGCUCCAGCCAAGAAGCACCGGGCUGACGGCGGCCUCGCCUGUGGCCUCAGCCGCUCCGCGGACUGGACCGAGGAGCUGGGCAGCCGCGCGCCCCCGGCGGGGGGCUCCGCGCACCUGCUGGAAAGCGGGGCGGCCUCGGAGGGAGGCGGUGCGGCGCCCCCCGUGCAGGCAGCCAAGGUGUCUGGGGCACAGGCGGCAGCGGAUGGCUUCCAGAACGUGUUCACAGGGCGAACUCUGUUGGAGAAGUUGUUCAGCCAGCAGGAGAACGGGCCUCCAGAAGAAGCAGAGAAGUUUUGCUCCCGGAUUAUUGCUAUGGGCCUUCUACUUCCUUUCAGUGACUGCUUCAGGGAACCCUGUGAUCGAAAUGCCCAAUCAAGUUCAGCUCCGUUUGAUCAAGAUCAACUUUAUACCUGGGCUGCAGUCAGCCAACCCACUCACUCACUGGAUUACACAGAAGGACAGUUUCCCAGGCGAGUCCCAUCUGUUUGGCCACCAUCUAAACCUCGUGAUGAAGAACACAGGCCCAAGGAUGCUGAAACAGAGGAUGAUGGAGAAUCUCAGUCUGCUGUUUUGGAAACUCCAAAAAAAUGUUCAGAUGCUGUUCAGCGGGAAGAUUUUGAGAUGAAGUCUGAAGGACAGGCAACUGUAAUUCAGCAGCUGGAACAGACCAUUGAGGAUCUGAGGACCAAAAUAGCUGAGCUGGAAAAGCAAUAUCCUGCCUUGGAUAUGGAGGUGGCCAGCGGCCGUCAUGGGGCUCAGAAUGGAAUGGCACCCUUAGAAGGUGUCUGUCUUGAAGCUCUCAGGUUAGGAGAAAAGGAUGUACGCCAUCAAAGGAUUUUAGAGGCAAAGUCAAUCCAGACGUCCCCGACAGAAGAGGGUGGGAUACCAACAUUGCCUUCUGUUAAUGCACUGCCAGAGUGUCCUCCCCACCCACCUGGGGCCGAAAGUGGAGACUCAGCUGUGCCCUCCUCACCUUCUGGACCUCAGACAAAAUUCUGUUCAGAGAUUUCUUUGAUUGUGUCUCCAAGGCGAAUAUCAGUACAGCUCGACACACAUCAGCCCAGUUUGCCUCCACCACCUCCAUCCCUUCCUUGGUCUGACGGUCAAAGACAGGCUGGGUUACAACCUUCCCAUCCUUCUCUUCAUACUGAAUUUGAAACCAGCCAUGAACAGUCUGUUUUCUCUUCCUUUGAAAACAGCCAUAGCAUCCAACCCUCACCACCUCUGCCUUGCACAGAGUCUUCCAGCUCCAUGCCUGGAGUGGACAUAGUGGCUCCCUCACCUCCCCCUUUCCCUGCUCUGCCCAGUACAGCCAUCCCCACACCUCCUCCUCUGCCUGGUAGAGAAAUGCUACCACCCCCUCCUCCACCUUUGCCUGGUGAGGGAAUACCUCCUCCCCCUCCUCUUCCUGUAGUGGGGAUACCUCCUCCCCCUCCUCUGCCAGGUGAAGGAAUACCUCCUCCCCCUCCUCUGCCAGGUGAAGGAAUACCUCCUCCCCCUCCUUUGCCAGGUGAGGGAAUACCUCCUCCCCCUCCUUUGCCAGGUGAAGGAAUACCUCCUCCCCCUCCGCUUCCCAGUAUGGGAAUACCUCCUCCUCCUCCUCUUCCUGUAGUGGGGAUACCUCCUCCGCCUCCUCUGCCAGGUGAAGGAAUACCUCCUCCCCCUCCGCUUCCCAGUAUGGGUAUACCUCCUCCUCCACCUCUUCCUGGAGUGGGAAUACCUCCUCCCCCCCCUCUUCCUGGAGUGGGGAUACCUCCGCCUCCUCCUCUUCCCGGUAUGGGAAUACCUCCUCCCCCUCCUCUUCCCCAUGUGGGAAUACCUCCUCCCCCUCCACUUCCCAGUAUGGGAAUACCUCCUCCCCCACCUCUUCCUGGAGUGGGGAUACCUCCUCCCCCUCCCCUUCCUGGAAUGGGAAUACCUCCUCCUCCUCCUCUUCCCCAUGUGGGAAUACCUCCUCCCCCUCCUUUGCCAGGUAUGGGGAUUACACCCCUUCCAGCUCCCCCUCCCACUUCUGGAGCAGGCAUUCCCCCACCCCCUCUGCUUCCUGGAUCAGGCCCUCCACUCCCCCCUCAAGUUGGAAGUAGCACUUUAUCAGCACCACAAGUAUGUGGCUUUCUUCCUCCUCCAUUGCCAGCUGGCUUGUUUGGAUUAGGGCUGAACCAAGACAGAGGGAGUAGGAAGCAGCCAGUAGAGCCUUGUCGGCCCAUGAAGCCUCUGUAUUGGACGAGAAUUCAACUGCAUAGUAAAAGAGACUCCAGUGCUUCACUUAUUUGGGAGAAAAUUGAAGAGCCAUCCAUAGAUUGUCAUGAAUUUGAAGAAUUAUUUUCUAAAACUGCUGUGAAGGAGAGGAAGAAACCUAUUUCUGACACCAUUACAAAGACCAAGGCUAAACAAGUGGUCAAGUUAUUAAGCAACAAAAGAUCACAAGCAGUUGGAAUAUUAAUGUCUAGCCUUCAUUUAGAUAUGAAAGAUAUACAACAUGCUGUUGUGAACUUGGACAAUUCUGUGGUUGAUCUGGAGACCCUUCAAGCUCUCUAUGAGAAUAGAGCACAGUCAGAUGAACUUGAAAAAAUCGAGAAGCAUGGCCGGUCCUCCAAAGACAAGGAAAAUGCCAAGUCUCUGGACAAACCUGAACAGUUCCUUUAUGAACUGUCACUAAUCCCCAACUUUUCAGAGCGAGUCUUUUGUAUCCUGUUCCAGUCCACAUUUUCAGAAAGUAUUUGCUCAAUUCGUCGUAAACUGGAAUUGCUACAGAAAUUGUGUGAGACAUUAAAAAAUGGUCCAGGGGUUAUGCAGAUUCUGGGUUUGGUUCUUGCUUUUGGCAACUACAUGAAUGGUGGAAACAAGACUCGAGGACAGGCGGAUGGCUUUGGAUUAGACAUUCUUCCGAAGCUGAAAGAUGUCAAAAGCAGUGACAAUAGCAGAAGCCUUUUAUCAUAUAUUGUUUCCUAUUAUCUUCGAAAUUUUGAUGAGGAUGCUGGAAAAGAACAGUGUGUUUUUCCACUGCCAGAACCCCAGGACCUUUUUCAGGCCUCACAGAUGAAGUUUGAAGAUUUUCAAAAAGAUCUCAGAAAACUCAAGAAGGACUUGAAAGCCUGUGAAGUUGAGGCGGGGAAAGUAUACCAGGUAUCCUCAAAAGAGCACAUCCAGCCUUUCAAAGAAAACAUGGAACAGUUUAUUAUUCAAGCUAAAAUCGAUCAAGAGGCAGAGGAAAACUCACUGACAGAAACUCAUAAAUGCUUUUUGGAGACUACAGCCUAUUUCUUCAUGAAACCAAAAAUUGGAGAGAAGGAGGUGUCCCCAAAUGUUUUCUUCAGUAUCUGGCAUGAAUUCAGCUCUGACUUUAAAGACUUUUGGAAGAAAGAGAACAAACUCAUUCUACAAGAAAGGGUAAAAGAAGCCGAAGAGGUGUGUAGACAGAAAAAGGGAAAAUCACUUUAUAAAAUAAAACCAAGACAUGACUCUGGAAUUAAAGCAAAGAUAAGCAUGAAAACCUGAACAAUGAAAAGCAGAAUGAAUAUGAGUCACUGCAACCACUUCCACAAAAUUCAGCUGACCUGAGGGCGGGAAGGAAACUACAUCAUUUUGUUCAUUUUUCCUCUUGACCUCUUGCAUAAUCUUUGUGUUUUCUAGACAGUUCACUGAUUGUUGAAUUUUACUGUACAUUCAUAAAAAUGCAAAAUCAGUAGACCAGUGGAGAAUUUGACACCUUUUCUUUUUUGUAAAGUUUAUGGUAUUAUAUUGAUAGACCAAAACAGCAUGUAUAAGAGGCAAUAUUUGCAUUAAUGCUGAACAUGCUAAAUGUUAACCUAAAAUUUACUUUUGUGAGAAUAUUCCUUAUCCCAGCAAAACACUUUACUUUCUACUGACAACCAGUACUCCAUGUCACUGCAUUUAGAUUUAUGGUUAAAAUGUUAUUUCUAGUGAAUUGUUUGUAUCAGUUUCAUGUCUACAUAUAAAUUUUCUAUUUUAAAAUUUAAGUACCAUUUAUAUAUCAUGAUCAAGGCUUUCCCAACUCUUGGGUUGCUCUCCAUAACUAUAUAUUUGUGAAAGAAGAUUAUCAUUUUUUACUCAAGUCAGAUAAUGAAUAGAAGAAAUAUAGCAAAAGGAAAACCCAUUCCUAUAAAUCAUCUAAUAUAGGCAGGAAUUAGAGUUUUAAGUUUAAUGAGGGCUUUUAUCAGCCCUGUGUUCUUUGAGACUCUACAUAAAGCUUAUCUUCAGCUAAAGUAAGUUAAACUAAAGGUGUGCCUCUCUAACUUUACUAUUGGCCUUCACAAAUAAAACAUGACUCAGUAUUUUGAAGGAAUUGAAAUAAAUGAUGCUCAUAAAAUUGCCAAACAUAACUAAUUGUUGGCCAAAAAAGGGAAAAAAGUAACUUUUUGGAUGGAUUGGCAUCUGUUAAUUAAACAUACCUGCCUGACUAUUUUUACAUGAUUGGAUUAUCUUUAUAUGUUAUAGCAGGUGACUAAAAGCUGUAAAAUGAGUAUGUAAUGAUUUGUUAUCUGAAGGAGCAUAGGAAAGGACUUUAUUUUAUUUCACGUUGAGGGGUAAAAAAGUAAAUCUCCCACUCUUUGUGAGAGUAUGUUAAAGUCAUCUCAUGAUGCAUUGUGAUGGUUUUGUCUAAUAUUAAUAGAUGGGGUUCCGUAAGAUUCUUUUUAAUGAUAUUUGUUGGCACUUAUGGUCAUUGAUAAAAGGGGAGAAUUUCUUGCUAUUGGAAACCAAUUAUGGAAAGGAACUUAAAGAAAAUGUUCUGAAUCAUAACUCUGUUUGCAUUUAUGUGAAAUAUGGUCUCUUACCUUUUAGUUUGUAGUUUAAGUGCAAAGAAAGAGUAGUGGAUUUUGUUUGUUUUGUAGUCUUCCUGUCUCCUUCAGUCCCUCCAAUGUGUAUAUUACCAUUCUUCACUGAAAUAAUAGGGCAUUUAACAAAGAUCGCUAUGUGCAAUACUGUAUUUAGUGUUUCUAUUUCGAUUUUUCUAGGAUGUUAAUUUAUAUGAAAAUAAAAUGAAUAAUAAAAUUAGA